GCAUCUCCUCCGAGCCUCCCACGCGCCAGGUGCCGCCGUGACAAAGACGGACGCGGCCGUCUGGUUGGAGACGAUCCGAGUGGCAGCCCGGGUGGGCGCCGGUGCUCCGGGGGGGCGGACCUGAGUAGUCCUGGGCGCUGCAGCUCCAUUUGUAAAGGUCUUAAUAACAGGAACAGUGACUUCGGCUCCGGAGCUUCAAGAUAGUGGCCUGCUUGGCCUGCCCAUCUCGGAUCUCUCCAGGAGGACCCAGCCACUCAAGGGUCGUCUUCUGCUGCUGACCCCCAUCAAAUCCCAUCAUGCCCACAGCCCUGUGCCCCCGAGUCUUGGCUCCGAAGGAAAGUGAGGAGCCCAGGAAAAUGAGGAGCCCACCUGGAGAGAACCCUAGCCCCCAGGGGGAGCUUCCCAGCCCCGAGUCCUCUCGGCGCCUCUUCCGCCGUUUCCGCUACCAGGAGGCGGCGGGACCCCGGGAGGCCCUGCAGCGCCUCUGGGACCUGUGCGGGGGCUGGCUGCGGCCUGAGAGGCACACCAAGGAGCAGAUUCUGGAGCUGCUGGUGCUGGAGCAGUUCCUGGCCAUCCUGCCCCGGGAGAUCCAGAGCUGGGUGCGAGCGCAGGAGCCUGAGAGCGGAGAGCAGGCUGUGGCCGCGGUGGAGGCACUGGAACGGGAGCCCGGGAGACCCUGGCAGUGGCUCAAGCACUGUGAAGACCCUGUGGUGAUUGAUGAUGGGGACAGCCCUCUGGACCAGGAGCAGGAGCAGCUGCCGGUAGAGCCCCACAGCGACCUUGCAAAGAACCAGGAUGCCCAGCCCAUAACCCUGGCACAGUGCCUAGGGCUCCCAAGCAGACCACCAAGCCAGCUCAGCGGGGACCCAGUUCUGCAAGAUGCUUUCCUUCUUCAGGAAGAGAAUGUGCGGGACACACAGCAGGUGACCACCCUCCAGCUACCCCCGAGAAUUUUUCAAUUUAAUAAUCAUCGCAGCAAUGGUUAUAUUUUAGAAAUGUUAGGAAGUGGAGGGAAGAAAGCACAGAUAAUUUCAGUCCUGUCACAGAUCUACGUGAGUCGGGUUUCUCCAUUCAAGGACAUGAUUUUAUGCUUCUCUGAAGAGGAUUGGUCCCUUCUAGAUCCUGCCCAGACUGGCUUCUAUGGAGAGUUCAUCAUUGGGGAGGAUUACGGGGUCUCAAUGCCUCCAAACGACCUAGCUGCCCAGCCAGAUCUCUCCCAGGGAGAGGAGAAUGAGCCACGCGUUCCAGAGUUGCAGGAUCUCCAGGGCAAAGAAGUGCCCCAGGUCUCCUACUUGGACUCUCCAAGUCUCCAGCCAUUCCAGGUAGAAGAAAGAAGGAAACGUGAGGAGCUGCAGGUGCCAGAGUUCCAGGCCUGCCCACAGACGGUGGUGCCUCAAAACACCUACCCAGCUGGCGGCAACCCGCGAUCUCUGGAGAACAGCCUGGAUGAAGAAGUGACCAUCGAGAUCGUUCUCUCCAGCUCUGGGGACGAGGACUCCCAGCAUGGCCCGUACUGCACAGAAGAGCUGGGGAGCCCCACAGAGAAGCAGCGCAGCCUCCCCGCCUCCCACCGGAGCAGCACCGAGGCCGGAGGCGAGGUGCAGACCUCCAAGAAGUCCUACGUGUGUCCGAACUGUGGGAAAAUCUUCCGCUGGAGGGUCAACUUCAUCCGGCAUCUGCGGAGCCGCAGGGAGCAGGAGAAGCCGCACGAGUGCUCGGUGUGCGGGGAGCUGUUCAGCGACAGCGAGGACCUGGAUGGGCACCUAGAGAGCCACGAGGCCCAGAAGCCUUACCGGUGUGGUGCCUGUGGGAAGAGCUUCCGCCUGAACUCCCACCUGCUCUCCCACCGGCGGAUACACCUGCAGCCGGACAGACUCCAGCCGGUGGAGAAGACAGAGCAGGAGGCAUCCGAGGACGCGGACAAGGGUCCCAAAGAGCCGCUGGAAAACGGCAAGGCCAAACUGAGCUUCCAGUGCUGUGACUGUGGCAAGGCCUUCCAGCGGCACGACCACCUGGCUCGGCACCGCAGCCACUUUCACCUGAAGGACAAAGCCCGGCCCUUCCAGUGCCGGUACUGCGUCAAGAGCUUCACGCAGAACUAUGACCUCCUCCGCCACGAGCGCCUGCACAUGAAGCGCCGUUCCAAGCAGGCUCUGAACUCCUACUGAGCUUCUCCGCCUGGGGCGGCCUCACCCUGGCUGGUGCUGCCCCCUCACCUUGGUACUGAUCAGCGCCCCCACCCAGGACAUACCUUCCCCAGGAUAGAGAGCACACCUCCCUCCUGUCCUUGCUCUCAGGUAGUGAGCGUUCGGGUGGUGCCAUGGGAGCACUCUCCCUCCCCCAGGUAAUGAAAGAGUGGCCAAGGGAGUGUUCUGUUUCUGCUGUGCCAAAAAACGGGGGGGGAUGUGCCAUCACCAGGUUGGACAUGCCAGGUGUUCUGCGUCUUAGAGACCCUUGGCCCAUGCUCCCCAAGCUCGGGGAGUAAAACUGGGCUAUCCCCCGUCAGGGCGGCACCCUGGUCACCAGCCAAACCUCAGUAUACUCCCUCCCCUCCUUCCCUGUCUGAACGCUAGGAUCUGCUCCUGAAGCUCCAGGAUGCCUGCACUUCCACUGAGAAGCUGCUGGCGGGUGUUGGACUAGAGGAAAGAAGAAGGCAGGGUGGGACUGAUGGGCUCAGUGGGGAGCAGGGCCAGGCACACUGAGCCAGACAUGUCAUGUCUGAGCCCCAGAUUCGUGGCCAUCAGGUAGGCAGGAGCACCCCGCAGAUCCAAGAUGAUCAGGCAGCCCUUUUGGGCUGGCGUCUGUGGCAGGGGUCUGCAGAGCUCCUUCUUGAGGUUUGGAAACAGUCAUCGUACCUGUUGAUUUUCCUGGGGGCCAAUUAGUAGGGAUCUGGAGCUCACCAAAAACAAAGCUUACAUUUUAAUUUGUGUUGCACACCCACCCCAUAAUGUCUUUAUACCCCAAAGAUCCUUGGUAAAUGCUUAUGGGUUGGAAGCGGAGUUGUCAUCGUUUAAAAGGCACUUAAGUCCCUUCUUCCAAUCUGUCCUGUCUAGGAAUGUGGAGCUCUGCCCCCAGUGAGGGGUUCUCCUGUCUGGGUGAGCCAAGCUCCAGAACAGAACCUUGCCCGACAUCACACUUGAUAUAUACAUUAGCUUGGAGUGCUGGUGUGUCCGUUUUCUAGGUCUGUUGUAACAAAGUACCAAACACUGGCUGGCUUAGAACAACAGGAGUGUAUUCCCUGACAGUUCUGGGAGGUGCACGUCCAAGAUCAGGGUGUCCUCAGAGUUGGUGCCUUCCGAGAGCUGUGAGGGAGAAGCGGCUUCAUGCCUUUGCUGGCAGUUGCCAUUCCUUGGUGUGUGGAAGCGUCACCCAGUCUCUGCCUUCAUCUCCACAUGGCACUCUUGCUGUGUGCGUGUCUGUCUCCAAACCUCCCUUUGUUUAAGGACACCAGUCAUAUCGGAUUAGAGCCCAUCCCACCGACCCCAGUAUAACCUCAUCUGUAUCCGCAGCAACCGUUUACCAAUAAGGUCACAUUCUGAGGUACUAGAGGUUGGGACUUCAACAUCGGAAUUUGAAAGGGACAGCAUUCAGCCCAUGACUCCAGAUAAACGUGAGGUAUGCUAUAUCAUUCCUAAUUUACAGAUGAGUCAAUACAAACUUGAGUGAGCUUGCUCACAAUUCCAUCAAAGGCAGGGUUCAGACCCAAGUUUCAGCAUUCAGGGCAGGUGUCCUCUGCAUGGAAGAAUCUUACUCAAUAGCCCUAAACGCUGACAAAUUCCCCUUCCUCCCUGCCUUCUGAUGGGGGCUGGGCAGGCCAGCUGGAGCUGUGUCUCCCGCUGGGAUUCCGGACUGAGUGACAGCAGGUAGUGAAACCUCAAGCAAUUUAAAACAUGGUAUUGUUCCUGGAAGACUGGUUAUGUUGGCUAGGGUCAGCAAGAGAGGGCAUCAAGGCUUUAGUCUAGCAGUGACUUAAUCUGCAAGUCAAACCAGACGGGUAUUUUUGUAUUAUUCAUAUGUCACAUCCUACCAACAGACAGUAAGCCAGGCAAGGCUCCUGGUGCUCCUUGUCACUCACGUAAUUUUCACAUCAGGAAAACUCUGGGCUGGGUGCAGUGGCUCACACCUGUAAUCCUAGCACUUUGGGAAACCAAGGUGGGUGGAACGCCUAGCUCAGUGACACCAGCCUGGGCCACAUGGCAAAACCCCGUCUGUACCAAAAAUGCAAAAAAUUAGCUGGGUGUGGUGUUGAUGUUUGCGGUCCCAGCUACUCUGGAGGCUGAGGUGGGAGGAUUGCUUGAGUCUGGGAGGCAGAAGUUGCAGUAAGCCGAGAUCAUGCCACUGCACAAGCUAGGUGACAGAAUGAGACUCUGUCUCAAAAAUAAUUAAAAAGCCUCUGCCCCAAACUCGUUAAAAGAUUUUAUAACCACAACUGCUGUUUCUGUGUAGAUGCAUCUGCAUGCCCAGGAGCAGUAAAUGCAAUAAAAUCAUUUGGUUAUACUUUGAACACAAAAUAAACGGUUGAGGCUUUUACUUUCUAAA